UUAUAAGGCAAUGAAUCAAUGCUAGCUUCUUUCUGCUCACCUUUUAUAUGCUUGCCUUAUUUGUGGGUGUGAAAUCAUCUGCUGUCUUCAGUAAAAACAUGCAAAUAUGUGGUUAUGGGGUUUUGUACUUCUCCUUUUGAACAUACAGUAUUAAAAGAUAGGAGUAUUUUACAUUGUAUACUUUUUUCCUUUGCAAAAUAAUUUUCUUGCCAAUCGUGUGAAUAAUAGCAUAUUUGAUAAUUUAUUUACUUACUCUAAAUAUAGGAAAUGUCGACGAAUAAUGAAGCUAUUCCUUUGAGCAUCAUCAAGGAAAAAAUACGAAAUAAAUAUGUGGUUGUCAGAAUUUUGCGCUUAUGGGUUCAAAAAGAUAAAUUGGGCAAGGAAGGACUUGAAAUGAUCGUGAUUGAUGAAUGGGGCAACAAAAUUCAAGCAUCCGUCUCAACAGUGAACAAGAAUAAGUUUCAUGAGUUACUUAAAGAGGGACAAAUAACCGUUAUUAAAAACUUCCAAGUAGUGAAAAACAAUCCUAACUUUCAGCAUGCAAAAAUCAAUCAUGAGUGGAAAAUCAGUUUUACCUUUAGAACCAUUGUUUAUGAAUCAACUGAACGCCCGAAUAUUACUGAAAAUGGAUUUGAUUUCAUCCAUUUUCGAAAUAUUCAUUCACAUGAUCAAGAAUUGGUAUUGGAUAUUCUUGGGGAGGUAAAAACUGAAAAUAUUACCAUAGAUUGUGUUGAAAUGAAGCAUGGCAAAGCUAAGAAGUGUGACAUAACAUUGGCUGAUGCAGAUGGCACACAAGUAAUUUGCGUAUUGUGGGAAUCAUAUAAUAUAUAUCUAAAAUAA